GUGAGGUGUGAACAGCUGACACAGCCAGACUCUGUGACUGUGCAGCCAGGUCAGAGUCUGACCAUCAACUGUCAGGUGUCUUAUUCUCUGAGCUACUGGACAGCUUGGAUCAGACAGCCUGCAGGAAAAGGACUGGAAUGGAUUGGGAUGAAAUAUACUGGAUCUUCAUACUACAAAGAUUCUCUGAAGAACAAAUUCAGCAUUAGUUUGGACACUUCCAGCAACACAGUGACUCUAAAUGGACAGAAUAUGCAGCCUGGAGACUCUGCUGUGUAUUACUGUGCCAGAUAUCCACAGUGGAUUGAUGGUCAAACGCUGACUGAGUCUGAGCCAGUGGUUAAAAGGCCUGGAGAGUCCCACAAACUGACCUGUACAUAUUCAGGGUUUAGUAGCCAUUGGUGGAACGCUUGGAUCAGACAGGCUACUGGAAAAGGACUUGAGUUUGUUGCUACUAUCAGUGAUACCAGUGGUAGCAUCUACUACUCUGAGUCGGUGAAAGGCCGGUUCACUAUCUCCAGAGACAACAGCAGAAAGCAGGUGUAUCUGCAGAUGAACAGUGUGGAAGGGCAGACUCUGACCCAGUCUGCAGCAGUAGUUAAAAGACCUGGAGAAUCCCACUCACUGACCUGUACAGCUUCUGGAUUCUCACUUAGCAGCUACUGGAUGCACUGGGUCAGACAGGCUCCCGGAAAAGGGCUGGAGUGGAUUGCUGCUGAUAGUGGUGGCAGCAAAUACUACUCUCAGUCAGUUCAGGGCCGGUUUACUGUCUCCAGAGACAACGGCAAACAGCAGCUGUAUCUGCAGAUGAACAGUGUGAGGUGUGAACAGCUGACACAGCCAGCCUCUGUGACUGUACAGCCAGGUCAGAGUCUGACCAUCAACUGUCAGGUGUCUUAUUCUCUGAGCUACUGGACAGCUUGGAUCAGACAGCCUGCAGGAAAAGGAUUGGAAUGGAUGAGUAGAGACUCAAGUGUCAAAGAUUCACUGAAGAACAAGUUUAGUGUCAGCUUAGACUCUUCCAGCAGCACAGUCACUUUGAGUGGACGGAAUAUGCAGCCUGAAGACUCUGCUGGUCAGUCCCUCACCUCCUCUGAGCCUGUGGUCCGCAGACCAGGAGAAUCAGUCACUCUGUCCUGUAAAGUACAGGGACUUUCGCUUGCUUGGCUGCACUGGAUUCGUCAGAAACCAGGAAAAGGGCUGGAAUGGAUUGGACGCAUUGAUGAUGGAACGGGCACAAUAUUUGCACAAAGUCUCCAAGGGCAGUUUACCAUCACCAAAGACACUUCCCAGAAUGUUCUUUAUUUGAUGGUGAAGAGUCUCAGACAAGACGACUCUGCAGUUUAUUAUUGUGCACGAGAGUCACAAUGUUCCGUUGUCUCUGAUCGAACAGGUGUUGACGGUCAGACUCUGACACAAUCUGAACCAGUGGUCAAAAAUGCUGGAGGAUCUCACACACUGACCUGCACAGUGUCUGACCUCUUGUUCAGCCAUUCCUGGAUGAACUGGGUCAGACAGGCUCCUGGAAAAGGGCUGGAGUGGGUUUCAACUAUUACUACUGAUGGCAGUAGGCAAUACUACUCUCAGUCAGUGCAGGGCCGGUUCAUCAUCUCCAGAGAAAACAGCAGAGAGCAGCUGUAUCUGCAGAUGAACAGUAUUAAUGGCCAGAGUCUGACAGAGUCUGGCCCAGCUGUUAAAAGACCGGGGGAAUCCCAUAAACUGAGCUGUACAGGCUCUGGUUUCACGUUCAGCAGCUAUCGUCUGGCCUGGAUCAGACAGGCUCCUGGAAAAGGACUGGAGUGGAUUGCUUACAUAAGCACAUCUAGUAACCCUAUCUAUUACUCCCAGUCUGUUCAGGGUCGAUUCACCAUAUCCAGAGAUGACUCCAACAGUAAAGUCUAUCUACAGAUGAACAGUUUGAUAACUGAGGACACAGCGCUGUAUUACUGUGCACGGAGAGACACAGAAGUGUAUCUUGUCUUUGGUUUUAUAGGCGUUGAUGGUCAGACUCUGACAGAAUCUGAACCAGUGGUUAAAAGCCCCGGAAGCUCUCACACACUGACCUGUACAGCCUCUGGAUUCUCAUUUAGCAGCUCCUGGAUGGCCUGGGUCAGACAGGCUCCUGGAAAAGGGCUGGAGUGGCUUGCAACUAUUGAAUAUGACAGUGAUAGAAUCUACUACUCUCAGUCAGUUCAGGGCCGGUUCACCAUCUCCAGAGACAACAGCAAACAGCAGCUGUAUCUGCAGAUGAACAGUCUGAAGACUGAAGAUUCUGCUGUUUAUUAUUGUGCUCGGCACCACAGACAGAAUGUGCAGCCUGAGGACACAGCUGUUUAUUUCUGUGCACGUAGACCCACAGUGACAAAAACCACCAACAUACCUGAACAAAAUCCCAGCUACAGGAAUCGUGUUGAUGGUCAGACUCUGACCCAAUCUGACCCAGUGGUUAAAAAUCCAGGAGAAUCUCAUAGAUUGACCUGCACAACCUCUGGACUGUCCUUUAGCAGCUAUUGGAUGGGCUGGGUCAGACAGGCUCCUGGAAAAGGGCUGGAGUGGGUUGCUACUGAAGCUCUUAGCAGUGGCCAAUACUACGCUCAGUCAGUUCAAGGCCGGUUUACUGUCUCCAGAGACAAUGGCAGAGAGCAGCUGUUUCUGCAGAUGAACAGUCUGAAACCUGAAGACUCUGCUGGAGGGCAGCAGAACUCACAUCAGUUCAGCUUCAGCAUCAACCAUGUUCUCUGCAGCUCUGAUUCUGCUGCUGGCAGCUGCAUCCUUAUUGACCUCAUCCAGCCAGAAUCAAAGCUUGUUCAGCCUGGACAGACGUUGACCAUCACCUGUCGGGUCUCUGGUUAUUCUUUGACUGAUAGCAGAUAUGGAACAGCUUGGAUCAGACAGCGUGAAGGAAGAGCAAUGGAGUGGAUUUUUACAAUGUGGUCUGGUGGAAGCCUAGCCCAAAAUAAUGCCCUAAAGAACAAGUUCAGUGGCAGCAGAGACACUUCUGCAGGAACUGUGACAAUAACAGGACAGAAUGUGCAGCCUGAGGACACAGCUGUUUAUUACUGUGCACGAGUCUUGAGUGAAAUCAAACUGGACCAGUCGGCAUCUGAGGUGAAAAGACCCGGAGAAACUGUGAAGAUGUCCUGUGUCAUUUCUGGGUUUGACAUGACAAGCUACUACCUCCACUGGAUACGACAGAGACCAGGGAGAGCUCUGGAGUGGAUUGGAUGGAUGAACAUGGGUUCAAACUCUGCUAGCUAUGCCAGUUCCUUUCAAAGCCGUUUUCACAUGACUGAGAAUGUGCCCAGCAGCACUCAGUACCUGGAGAUCAGGAGUCUGACAGCAGAAGAUUCUGCUGUUUACUUCUGUGCUCGAAUGAGCACUUCAGUGGAACUGCAGCACUGUGAUGCUUUUGACUACUGGGGCAGUGGGACCGAAGUCACAGUUUCUUCAGAAACGACUUCAGCACCAACUCUGUUCCCGCUGAUUCAAUGUGACUCCGGCUCUGGAAAUGAAAUCACUCUUGGUUGUUUGGCACAUGACUUUUUUCCAAAGAGUGCUACAUUCACAUGGACCGAUGCCAGUGGGAACAGUGUGUCCUCUCAACAAUAUAUUUCAGCUCUGAGUAACAGCAACAACAAAUUCACAGGAGUCAGUGUGAUCAGUGUAUCAAAAUCUGAUUCCAUGUUCUAUAAUUGUUCUGUCACACAGCCUGAUGGGAAUAAAAUAGUCAAAGAGAUCUUCAACAAUAUCCCUCCAAAGAUAGAAUUACUAUCAGAACAGAGUGAAGACAGACAGGUUUUGGUGUGCAGCCUUGAGUUCAUCCACGAAGAAUCAUCAGUCAGUUGGAAAAAGAACGAUGUCCAAGAAACUGGCAGCUUUACAUAUGGACCAGUGAAACACAAAAAUUCCUAUUCAGCUGUGAGUGUCCUGAAGAUCUCCAAAACAGACUGGGACGCUCAAAAUGUUUACGCUUGUGAAGUGACGUAUAAAGGAAAAACUUACACACAAAAGACAUCCAAAGCUCCUUUCACAUUAGAUUUAAGCCCUCCAUCUCCCAAAGAAAUUUUCAACAACCGGCUGGCGGAGCUGAAGUGUAUUGUUACUGGACAAGACAACAUUCUGUCAGAGACCGACAUCAUCUGGAAGCUUGAUGGAAAGACUGUCACAGAGAGCAUUGCAGUGGAAGGAAAAAAUCCUAAAACCAGCACGCUAAUUCGAAAUGUCACUGACUGGAACUCAGUCAAAAAAGUGAGCUGUUCAGCUGUCAGACAGCACACUAUUCCAGUUACUCGAGAACUGACGGUCCAUACAGGAAAUGUGGAGCCAACGGUGACGGUUCAUACGCCUCGAGCGGAGGACAUUGGGCCAAAAGAUACAGAUGUCGUCACUCUUGUGUGUCUGGUCUCCAGUCCAGUGCUUCAGGAUUACUACAUCGCCUGGUCAGAAGAUAACGGGGAGACUAUCGGAAAUUACUAUGGUUUCACCUUUGCCCCCCAGAAGACUGAAACUGGCUAUGCAGUCACAAGUGUUUAUAAUACCACAAAGAAACGGUGGAACCAAAAAAUAAUAUUCAAGUGCAACGUCUGGAUUGCUGGUCGUAACGAAGGCAUGGAACCUGUCGGAGUGUCCAAGGCCAAUGAGUCUGCCCAGGUGCUUGUUUUGGACAGCGCAGACAAUGCCACUGAAGAGGAUGACUUCACCAGUCUCUGGUUCACCACCUCCACCUUCAUAUUUCUCUUCAUAUUCUCUCUGUUCUAUAACAUGAUAUUCAGCUUGGUCCAGGUAAACAAC